CGGCAUCAUCUGUACUCGGCUUUUUAAAAGUGGAUUUUCCCGCUUUUUCAUCCUCUUUCUGAAAGCUCAUAACAAAUGGAGGAGAGGGCCAAAGCUCUAGGCUUUUUUUGCUUUAUUAGAUAAUAGCAAAAAUGAAGUCCAGAGAGGUCACUCUCGUCUCAGUAGCUGCGAUAGCCGGCGGCAUUGCCUCUGCGUUCGCCUUUCACUUCUUUUCCAAGUCAAGAAAGCUCUCAACUUCCUCCUUUAAUGACGUUAAAGAUGGUCCUAAGCAGAGCCCCUUCGAUCCGUCCAAGCGCAAAGGGUAUUUGUCAUGGGAUGAUUAUUUCAUGGCUAUUGCCUUUUUGUCGGCCAAGCGUUCAAAGGAUCCAAAUAGGCAGCCAUGUGUGCAGGUUGGAGCUUGUUUGGUUAGCCAAAGCGGAAUAAUACUCGGUAUAGGGUAUAAUGGAUUCCCAAGGGGCUGUUCAGAUGACAAGCUUCCAUGGGCCAAGAAAUCUUUAACUGGGGAUCCUCUACAAACGAAAUAUCCUUAUGUAUGCCAUGCUGAAGUUAAUGCCAUAUUGAAUACCAACCAUGCCUCUGCCGCUGGACAGAGGCUAUAUGUUACAAUGUUCCCUUGCAAUGAAUGUGCCAAGGUUAUAAUUCAGGAAACUGCUUAUUGCAGUCAGGUGUCUCUGAAGUCAUCUACUUCAUUGAAAAGAAAUUGGAUAACUCGGAUGCUGCAUAUAUUGCUUCACAUAGAAUGUUAUCAAUGGCAGGAAUCAAGGUGAGGAAGCAUCAACCAGAGAUGCAACAAAUAGUAAUACAGUUUGAAUAACUUCAGAUUCCUAUUGUCUAUUUUCGGAUGAAAUACUAGUACGACUGGUCUUUUUUUAACUCUUUUACUCUUGCAUGGAAUCUGGAUUAAAUCCUGUGGUCACGGUGCUAUUUUGAGUAAGUUGUGUAUCAUAUGUACUUUCUUGGGGAGGCAAGCAUUAAGGUCUUGUUGUAUAGCUCUGCUCCCAUUCUGUGUAUCUACCCAUAUUGAUUAAUGGUGUUCACUCGUCAGAAGGAAUGUCACAUCCUUAUAUGGCUGAAUACGAACCCUGUCUUUGUUUUA